CCGAACCCUGCAUCUGACGAGCCAGAUGUCAGAGUCAGCCUUGUAAUCCAGCCUGCUGAGCCGGCGGGUUUUCCAGUGCCGCCUCCGUUGGCGAAGGCUGAAGAACAUGUUGCGAUUCCGCGACAGUUGUAUAUCAGAACUGCAGACCUUGUUAAAUUUGGAUGCUCUGCUGGAUGUUUGGGUUGUGAGGCGCACCGUGAUGGCAAACCACCUGUUGCCCACUCACAGGUGUGCCGUGCCCGGCCCUACCCACUGAUGAGGUCUUCUCUUCAGGGGCAACUCCGGGAAGAGCGUCAGAAACGAAGACCUGAUGACUACAAGGGCCGUUCUUCCAAGACGGAUCCGGCCGAAAAUCCAACAGUUGAGAACGAUUCGAAACGGCAAAAUGUAUCUCAAGACGUGUCAGUUGAAACCAGUUUGAGCGCAUCUGGUCAGAAACGCACGUCUUCUGCAGCUGGUCCGCCAGAGGGUGUCCGGAGCGACAGUGGAGAAGCGAUGACAGUCGAAGUGCCGAUUCCUGCUCAAGCAGGGCCUGCGUCGCCAGCUUCCGGUUCAGCUGGAAUUGGUCUAAGCGGUUCUUAUUUAGAUGCGCAGCGUGAAAACACAAACGCAGGAGAGUUGAGCGCAAUGCCGCAGAGCAUCGCUCAAAGUGUAGAUAUCGAUUCUUUUCACUCGUUGCAAGAAUCGUUUCGUAAGUUAGGCUACAACACAUGCGUGUCUGAACUGGUAGACAAAUUUGACAGUGAAGUUGGUUUGUGUCACGGUUUAGAUGCAACUUUGGUUCUUGAUUUUACACGCGUCAACCCCAGAUAUGGCAGAAGUUGGGAUUUUAGCACCCCUGCACAUCGCAAAAACGCGAUCAUGGCAGUGAACACGAACAUGCCGUUGUUAGUAAUUGGGGCAAUGACCGUGGGUGUGGAUUCGCAGCAACGAAAAGAUCAUGUACGAUUUCUGAAUCGUUUGUACAAUAGCCAGACAAAUACUUGCAAGUUCUUUUUACACGGCAGUGCCGGAACGAAGCCAAAACAGGCUUGGAGCGGCAAUUCCACAUCGUGCACGGAAACAGUUCGAAAAUGGUGUCCGGACGGGUUCUUGCGAACAGGUGUCUCGCAAACCCGUUUCUCAGCAGGUGUUCUUGAAGGUUUCAUUGAUGAGUUGUAUUGUUCGCAUUUGUUGAGUUUGAAUUCGGUAGGUGUUGUUUUGUGCUCGGAGGCUCCGGUUCCCCAAACCGGGGAUUAUUCGACGUAUUGGGACAACCUGUCCGGAGCACCGCUCGAGAUUUCAAAGGUGUUAGAGGCGAGGCAGGCAGAAAUGAAAGAGGUAGAAAAGCACAAUGUUUACACGAAAGUGCCAAUCUCUGAAUGCUUUGAGAAAACAGGGCGGGCUCCCAUAGGCACCCGCUGGGUGGACGUGAACAAGGGCGACGAGAACCGGCCCGAAUACAGGAGCCGGAUCGUUGCACAGGAACUGAAGAAAUUAGAAGAUAGGGACGACACGUUUGCCGCAACACCACCACUUGAGGCUCUGAAAUUCAUCUUCAGUCUGUGCAUGACAGAAACACCAUAA